UCUCUAUAAGACGACCGAGCAACAGCAUCCUCUUAGGAAACAAACAGAAGCAGGAGAUAGGAGAAAAGAACAGUCUUCAGUUUCAGCAGAUCUGCUCAGGACAGGUGCCUGAACCACACACAGCUCAGACUGCACUUCAGCUGUUAAAACACUGCGUGAUGAAGACUCCACUGUGGACGAUACUGUUGCUUGGACUGUGUAACCCAGCAUGGGGUGACUGCAAGAAAGACUGCCUCUUCUGCAGCCAAAAACUGCCUGUUGAAUAUGCCUUCAAUAAUUUGGUGUGUCUGGUGGAGUGUCAUGGUAAACUUUCUCCAGGCGACACCUGGGAGAUGUGUCGCAGGACCAUUGUGGAGCCGAAACCAAUAGCCUUGUUAUCGGUUGCCAAUGGCAUGCUGAAAAGAGAAGAUGAGGAAGCAGACACCUCUCUGCCUGUGGACCAGGAUGAUGGGCAGUAUUCUGAAACCCUCCAGAGGUUCGACCACAUAACACAGGCCUUGGGAAUGGAUGAUCAGGACCAAGAUAUGCAGCUCAGUAAAAAAUACAAGUUCCUGCAAGUACAUUCAGCACAAGAAUCUGAGGAAGAGCGAGACAGAGAUAGCGAGAUGGAAGGCAAGGAGGAAGAGGCUGCCGUCCACCUGAUAAAACGCUUCGGAGGCUUCCUCAAAAACAAGUAUGGCUACAGAAAGUUCAUGGAUCCUGGAAGGCCUUUGCAAAAAAGAUAUGGGGGUUUCAUAGGCGUCCGCCAAUCUGCCCGCAAGUGGAACAGCCAGAAGCGCUUUAGCGAGUUCCUCAAGCAGUAUUUGGGCAUGAGUACUCGAGCUAGUGAGUUUAAUAGUAUGUCUUCUGAUGUCACUCAACAGAAUGAAUAAGCUUUGACCUUUGAAGUGAAUAAACUUACCAAGCAAACCUUUUGUCAUGCUCAUUCGAAAGAUACCAUGCACCGUUCUCCUCAAACACAAAAAGCUCUCAUAGUGCCACAGGGUUUCAUGUGCAUUUACUCAAUGAAGCAUCUAAUCUGUGUCAAACAAAGCUUACAUUAAGUGAUAUUAGCUUGAAAUUUGACGAAAACUCUAAUGAUUUGAUUUGACUGGUAUUGCAUAUGAAGGCCCCUGUAGUUUUAUUAUACAUCAUUUGAAAACGUUAUUUGUUCCAAAUUCAUCUCCUCUACGACACUGCCACCUAUUGGUCAAUGAUAAUUAAAUCUCCAUGAAAAUCCUUGAAAUUGAGGUGGACUUCAUAUGGAGAGGUCAUUACUAGACCAAAUAGAAUUAUUAAAGGAAUAGUUCUCCAAAAAUUAAGUAAUUGCCAUGCUCACUCACCCUCAUGUCAUUUAGAGAUCUAAAUGGAACGCAAAUCAGAAUUAAAGUCUAAAGAAAGCAAGAGAAACAGACUAAAAUUAAAGUUUGGUAACUUUUAAAAACAUUUAACUCUUAAAAAGUUUUUAAAAAAGUAACUGUUUUACAAAGUUGCAAUUUCAUAUGAAAUUCUACAAAGCAUUUCUUUUUGUUGGAAAAAAUAAAGCAUGAAGUUUCACCCCUUAGCAUAGCAUAACCAUCACUGGGGCGUAAACAGAUUGUACAAAUUCAUAUGAAUUAGCCACCAAUUGACCAAAACAUAUGCAUUGCCAUGAGAUUGUGUAGGGGAAAAGAGCAGCUUUAACAAUCUGCUUAACAUCUCCUUUUGUGUUUUAAGGAAGAAACAAAAUAAAAUAGGAUCAGAAUCAUAUGAGCAUAAGUAAUUGCUGUACAUUUCGUUUUGGGGUGAACUAUUCCUUUAAGGGGAUUAAGGAAAGCUAAUCUGUGUUUACGGUCUCUCCCGAAAAAAUAAAUAAAGCCAGAUUUCACAUAAACCAUUCCAGCAAAAACUCAUCACUGUAAAAUGCCUAUACAAACAUAACAAAUUAUGUCCUGCACAUGCACACUGAGUUUGCAUCCUCAUCUAAGAGUGGGAAACCCAAAGCAUUCAUUGGAUUAUUUUUUAACUGAUAAUAUUGAUUUGUAUUUGUGCAGAUGCAAUGAUGUAUUUAUGCAAACAUUGCUAAAUCAUGCUUCUCUCUUUAUUCUAAUGAUAAAACUCAUGAUGUUCACCAAAUGAACUGUACAUAGUAACUGAACUAUAUCAAUAAAAUAGUUUACUAUUUUC